AUGGAAUAUUCUGUAGGCGCCGGCGCCGGCGGAAUAGCGACCGCCGCCCGCCUGGCGAAACGAGGGUAUCAAGUGACGGUGGUCGAGAAGAACGGUGCCGUCGGGGGACGAUGCUCGUUGAUCGAGGAGAAUGGCUACCGCUUCGACCGCGGCCCCUCCCUCCUGCUCAUGCCAGAAUACUUUGAAGAAGUCUUCGCCGCCCUCGACACGACCCUCGCGGCAGAGGGGGUCGAGCUGCUGAAAUGCAACCCGAACUACCGGAUCUACUUCGCCGACGCCUCGCCCCCCCUCGAUCUGUCCACCGACAUGGCCGCCAUGCAAUCCGUGAUUCAGAAGCAUGAAGGCAGACCGGGAUGGGAGCGCUUCCUGCAGUUCCUGGUCGAGGCAGGACGGCACUACAACCUCUCGCGACAGCAUGUGCUGUACUCGAACUACCCGCACGUGUGGAGCAUCAUGAAGCCGGGGAUGGUGCGCAACAUCUUUCGGCUGCAUCCGUUCACGAGCGUCUACGCGCGGGCGGCGCAGUACCUCACGUCGGAGCGGUUGCGGCAGGCGUUCACAUUCGCGAGCAUGUAUCUCGGGAUGAACCCGUUCGAGGCGCCGGGGACGUACUCGCUGCUGCAGUAUGCCGAGUUUGUGUAUGGGGUGUGGUAUCCGCGGGGUGGGUUUCGACGGGUCCUCGACGCUAUCCACGCCAUCUCCACCCGGCACGGGGCCACCUACCGUCUCAACACGCCCGUCUCGCACAUCACCCUCUCCGCGGACCAGAAGACCGCCACCGGGGUGCAACUCACGACCGGCGAAACCCUAACCGCGGAUACGGUCAUCAUCAACGCCGACCUAAUCUACGCCUACACCCACCUCCUCCCGCCCACAGCAUACUCCACCUCCCUAACCAGACGAGAAACCUCGUGCAGCAGUAUCAGCUUCUUCUGGUCCUUCAACACGACCCUCCCUUUGCUCUCCGCGCACAACGUCUUCCUCGCGUCCGAAUACAAACAAAGCUUCGACGCGAUCUUCCACGACAAACACCUCCCCAGGGACCCAAGCUUCUACAUCCACGUCCCCAGCCGGGUCGACUCCACCGCCGCCCCGGCCGGCUGCGACGCGCUCGUCGUCCUCGUCCCCGUCGGCAACCUGGACAGCUCGCCCUCCUCCCCUGACACCGCCACCGCAAAAUCCCAGCCAGAGUACUGGGACAAGAUCGUCACGCAACUCCGCGAAACAAUCCUGACAACGAUAGAGGCUCGCACCGGCAAGCACAACCUGCGAUCCCAUCUGAUCCACGAGAAGCUGGAAACCCCGCUGACCUGGCGCGAGAAAUACAAUCUCGACCGCGGGGCGAUUCUAGGACUGUCGCAUUCGUUCUUCAAUGUGUUGGGGUUUCGGCCGAAGGUGCGACAUCCUGAUAUUAAAGGGUUGUUUUUUGUGGGGGCUAGUACGCAUCCUGGUACGGGGGUGCCGGUUUGUUUGGCAGGCAGUCGCAUUGUUUCCCAGGAGGUUGUCAGGGAUUUUGAGGGGGGGACGGGAGGGUGGACAGCCCUCGCAGGCGACUACAACAUCUCCACCCACGCAACCCUAACCCUCCUCCCUACCGGCAACCGCGUCUUUCUGGCCGUCUGCAGACUCUCCCCCCUCCGUUCCCGCAGAUACCGUCCAAUCUCUAUAUAG